AUGCCAGUCUUCGGCCGCAUUGGCAGGCAUAGCAAUCGCUCCCAGAACGCGCUUGCUACUGCUCCCGAGCCAUCUCCACUACCAGCUUCAGCUUCACCUUCCGGACCCGGGACGGCAUCUGGAGCAGGUCAAGGAGUCGGACCAGGACCAGGACCAGGACCAGGACCUGGACAACUACCAGGAGGAUCAGUGCCCUCGUCGUCGUCGUCGACGACAGCAGGCCCUGGUGUUGGGCCUGUCGCUGGUGGUCACAACCUCAACCUCAGCGUUCCAGCCUCUGCGGCGCCUUCCUCAGCACCCCCCAGCGCUACUUCCUCCUCCCUUUCUGCCGCAUCGGGCGCUUCCCCUCAGCAGCAGCAGCAGCAGCAACAACAACAACAGGCUGCGGCAGGCGCCAUCAACACAAACAACAACCUCAACCACCGUAACAUCAUCUCAACCUCUACCGUUACCACACCCAGCAGCGGCAGCAAUACCGCCAACCUCCGUCAUUCUGCUUCCCCCACUGCUGUCUUUAGCCAGAGCGAAGCCCUCGACCGAGCUAUUCAGCAGCAGCAGCAGCAACAGCAGCAAGCGCUCUCCCACGACUACAACAACCCCGCCACAGCCUCCCCCCAUCGCGGCUCAUCACAGCUGCACAACCCCGCGCCUGUGCCUGGACAAGCUCCUCCCGGAGCUUUCGACCCCCGAUUCAGGAACCAGGACUUUUCCGACUCGGUUUCCCGGUCGCAAUCUCAACGCUAUUCCACCACUGCUCCUCUGCAAGUCCAUCCGCACUACGGUGUCGCCUCCAAUUCGGUCGACGAUCUCCAGUCCACCCUCCACCCUGCCGGCCCCGGUGGUCUGAGCCAAGACCAAGGUCACGCGCCGCCCGCGCCCGCUCCUGCUGCACAGCCAGAGAAACGCUCAACCCGCAGACUGAUUAAGAACAUCUUGACAGGGUCAGGCCGAGACCACCACCAUCAUCACCAGCAGCAGUCGUCCCUGUCACAGCCGCCCCAGUCAGCCCAGGCACAGCCCUACGACAAUACCGGUGGACUAGCCCGACGGCCUUCCAAGCGGGUGAGCAACCCACCAUCCAUCAGGACCGGCCCUUCACAGCUGUCCCAGGUCUCUCUGGACCAACCCUCUGACUGGGCCCCUCCCGUUGUUCAAACACAACCUUCACCUCUGCAAGGAUACGGCGAGGCCGAGAACCAGUACUUUGGGCAUUCUUCGAAUCGCGACACCUUUGCGCAGACCCCCCAAGACGCCAACACCCGAAACUCGGUUCGCUACGUCUCCAGUGACUUGGAAUCGUCUCCCUACGAGGACAGCGCCUACCAACAACAACAACACCAACAACAACAUCACUCAGCGCAGCAGCAACCGCUGCAACAACAAGGCCUCCCACUGCUCCAGACUUCGCCUGACCAACAAGACCAGUACGGACAAGCGGCAUUCGACUCCUCGCCUCAGCAACAACAUUACCAGCGAACCAGCCAAGCGCACGAACAAUACCCCGGCGGACCACCCCCCAUAUUCACCGACAGCGGCCAUCUGUCAACAAACUCGAGACAGCAGAACCCGGAGACGAGUUCGCAGCUGUCUCACGAAUCACCCAUUGCCGACCUCGACGCCCGUUCAGGCACCUAUUCGAAUCAACACUCUCCUGCCGUGCAUUACGCUUCGCACCAAGCAACCGAUAGCCCCGUGACUCUGCUGCCUCCCAACCAUCAACAGAGAGAAAUGGCACCGGGUGCGAGUCGGCGACAACAAGAUUCGGAAAAGAGCCUGCGUGGACAAAGCGAAGCACAGGCAGGAGCUCCUCCCAACUACAGACAGAGCCAGCCUCCCAUGCCUACCGGCUCCUCGACAACAGGCCAGGGUGCGGGCCUACGCGCCAUCCCCGGUCCGGAGAGGCAGCCUACAUUCGACUCACAGUCGGGCGACCAAGGCCGCAAUAGCCCUCAACCUACCAACGUUGACCGCGAUGCUGCCGAUCCCGAUAAGUUCAAGGAGCUAUUGUUCAAGUACAAAAAUGUCAAGCGUCUCUACUUUGAUGGCAAGAGUCAAAUUGAGAAUCUGGGCUCGCAGAUUGAGCAGCUGCAGAACGCAGUCGCAAACCAGCGCAUCACCCAAUCUCGGACGGCGCUCGACGACAGCGAGUACCUGACCAGGUUCAACCGUCUCAAUGGUGCCAUCAAUAACCUGUCCUUCAACAUUCGUAAAGACUGGAAGAGCGUGCCGCAGUGGCUUGACAGAUAUGUAAGCAGUGACGCGCUCAAGACAGGGCGGCAGGAGAUGACGGCGGUUGGCCGGGCGGUCAUUACGCGAUGGAUCGUCGAGGAGAUCUUCAACAAGUGCUUCCAUCCUGGGCUGAGCCCUGGGCUCAGCCAGCAGCUCAAGGAGAUUGAGCUGAGCAUUCGGCGCAACUCUUACACGAUGAACGCGCGGGAAGAGUUUGACGCCCUGACAGCCAAGAUUGUCAGCUGGAGAAUGGCUACGCUGGAAGGUCUGCAGAGGACACUGAACUCGCCGGAGAGCGAAGAGAACCGGGCGCACUGGACGAACCUCAACACGGCGAAACUGACGACGCAACUCUACCAGUAUCUGGCCGAGCCACCGCCACCAGGUGUUGACGGAAGCGCCUCGAUGAUUGUAGAGCUGGCCGUGGGUAUCGCCGCCAACAUGCCGCUCGAGAGCAGAGACGUAGCCAUCACAUAUCCGCUGCCUGGCGAUGCAGUCAACGUCGACUUGAUGGAUGUCGAGAAGACAGGACUUCCACCUGUCGAAACGGCGAGCGACGACGCAGAAGAUGACGAGACAGAUACCAAAGAAAAGACGGGUGGUAAGGGGCGCACAGAGAAGUCGAGAAGCGGUAUGUUCUCCGCCUUUCUCGGCGGCGGCGGCGGCAGCAGCUCCACGUCGUCGUUCCCGCCGAGAAAGAGUAGCUUGGCGUCUAGUACUGACGCGCCUGUCUCCUCAGCUCUACCACCGAAGGACAGCAACAAGGUCCGGUUUGCGGCAUUCUUGGCUGUGGAGGUCCGCGGUCGACAGGUGCUGACAAAGGCGCCGGUCUGGACGCUGGGGUGA